AGGUUUGGAUUUAGUCCGAUUAAUCCUUAUCCACACCGACAUGAUAAAAAUCAAUUCUCUUCUGUAUAUAUGGACUGCGAUGCGUAUGCGUGUCAGUAGGGAUAAGAUGGGGCGCACAAUUUAAGACGAUGCUUGCAUCAGAUCCAUUUUUUACUUGUAAAUCGAUGAAACUUUAUCAGAAUCGCAAUAUUUUAGAAUAUAUCGCGUAUAAAGGCGAUGAUCCACAACGCGAAAAUUGAAUAUAUGCCGUUGGAUUCGGAAUGGACGGUUGGAUUCGCGAUUAGAUAUUGCUUCAAUUCUCAGAAGACGCGUGUUGAUAGUUUCGAGACUGAACCCUUAAAGAAGGUUUUUCCACCUUCGGAGAAGAAUUGCUUGCUAAGCUCAGCUUCAAGAAUCAAAUCAUGCUUGGCAAGGAAUUUUUCACCGAGUAUGGUGAAGCAAGUCUCUGCAGUUGAUACGCACACCGGUGAAAAAGUCGCUAUAAAAAAGAUCAACGAUGUUUUUGAACAUGUUUCCGAUGCCACGCGUAUCCUUAGAGAAAUCAAACUCCUUCGUCUUCUUCGACACCCAGACAUUGUUGAAAUAAAACACAUCAUGCUUCCUCCAUGUAGAAGAGAAUUCAAAGACAUUUAUGUUGUUUUUGAGUUAAUGGAAUCUGAUCUUGAUGAGGUCAUCAAGGUUAAUGAUGACCUCACCCCUGAACAUCAUCAAUUCUUCUUGUAUCAACUCCUUCGUGCUUUAAAAUAUAUACAUACAGCUCAUGUGUUUCAUCGUGAUCUGAAACCCAAAAACAUCCUCGCAAAUGCAGACUGCAAAUUAAAGAUCUGUGAUUUUGGUUUAGCACGUGCAUCCUUUGAUGAUACCCCGUCAGCGAUUUUUUGGACUGACUACGUGGCCACUAGAUGGUAUCGUGCUCCUGAACUUUGUGGCUCAUUUUUCUCAAAAUAUACCCCUGCGAUUGAUAUAUGGAGCAUAGGGUGUAUAUUUGCUGAGAUGCUAACAGGGAAGCCUUUGUUUCCUGGGAGAAACGUUGUGCACCAAUUAGAUCUUGUUACUGAUUUGCUUGGUUCUCCUUCUGCUGAAAUAAUUGCUAGGAUAAGAAAUGAAAAGGCUAGAAGAUAUUUAAAUGGCCUUCCAAACAAGACAAAAGUUCCAUUUUCGCAUAAAUUCCCAAAUGCUGAUCCAUUAGCACUUCGUUUACUUGAAAGAUUGCUUGCCUUUGACCCAGUUGACCGGAUAUCUGCUGAAGAGAUAAGCUUUAGCUUUAGCAGAUCCGUAUUUUUAUGGAGAUUAACAAAGAAUGAUGUUAGAGAGCUGAUUUAUAGAGAGAUCCUAGAGUACCACCCCCAGAUGCUGCAAGAGUACCUCCAUGGCGAAGAACACAUAAGCUUCAUGUAUCCAAGUGGAAUCGAUCGAUUUAAGCAGCAGUUUGCGGAUCUUGAGGAGCAGGAGGGAAAGGAAGGAAGAAACUCUCCGCUUCGAAGGCAAUACACAUCAUUGCCAAGAGAGCGGAUCUGUGUGCCAAUAGAAGAAGCUGUUGAUGAAAUGAAUGAGUUUGAAAGGCGUACAAAUGCUUCAAUUGCAACAAGUCUAAGAAGCCCACCAAGAUCAUCAGAAAGGUCAAAAAAUGUUAAAAAAGAUUCACCUAAAAAUAUUCCAAACAGCAAUAAAAAUGCAAGAAGCUUGUCAAGAAGUAAUAGCAUUUGUAAUACUACACCCAAAUAUGUAGGACCCACCAACAAAACUUGCAAGGAGACGUUUGAACAGGGAGAUGAGGUAAGCGGUGUUCUGUCACAGAAGCUGGCAGCAUUAAGUUCUUGAUUUGGGUGUUUGGGUGUUUGGGUGUUUGACUGAAUUUGACAUGAAUUUAAAUGUGUAGUAUUUGAUAUUGUAAAAUAAUGUUACCUAAAUGUGUGUUGUAUGUUGAUCACUGACUUGAUUAUUUGUGAUUAUGAACACAUUAUAUGCUACCUUGUGCUAAUGUUCACUUAUGAUUAAAUAGUAGCAAGUCUAAGUUCUCCAUUAGGCGACCUAAGACAGGACAAAACCAUAUUAAUGUGAUAAGAAAAUUCUCAUAAAAAAAGCUGAAACAAGGGAUUCGUUUUUGAUCUUUUGUACGUGCAAAAGAUGUGAAUGUCUAUGUUAGACCGUGUCAUAUGUAUUCGCAUGUGUUAUGUUCCAUAUGUAUUAUGUAUAUAGUGUAUAUAUAACGAUUUGAGCAAAAGGCACAUGGCCUAGUGGUAAAAG